GGCUGGGCGGGGGGCCUGGGAACCCGGGGAUUCGAACAUGUCGCGGCCGAAGGGAGUGGCCGGCCGGGAUCCCCGGGCGGGCUUCCGAGCCGAGAGGCCGGGCGGCGGAGGCCCCGUCCCGCAGGGGCUGCUGAAGGCGGCGAGGAAGAGCGGCCAGUUGAAUCUGGCGGGCCGGAACCUCGGCGAAGUUCCCCCGUGUGUCUGGAGAAUCAACUUGGACGUCCCCGAGGAGGCCAAGCAGAACCUGUCCUUCAGCGCUGACGAGCGGUGGUGGGAGCAGACGGACCUGACCAAACUCAUCCUCUCCAGCAACAAGCUCCAGGCGCUCUCGGAGGACGUGCAGCUGCUGCCCGCGCUGACCGUGCUCGAUAUACAUGAUAAUCAGCUGACAACCCUUCCUUCUGCUAUCAGAGAGUUAGAAAAUCUUCAGAAACUUAAUGUCAGCCAUAAUAAACUGAAAGUACUUCCCGAAGAAAUUACGAGUCUGAGGAGCCUGAAGGGCCUGUAUCUGCAGCACAAUGAGCUGACUUGCCUGCCAGAGGGCUUUGACCAGCUGCACAGUUUGGAAGAUCUAGAUCUCUCGGACAAUCGUCUUACAGCUGUUCCUGCUAGUUUCUCUGCUCUGUGCAGUCUGGCGCGACUCAAUCUUUCCAGCAACCAGCUGAAGACCUUACCUGCAGAAAUAAGCAGAAUGAAAAGAUUAAAGCAUUUGGAUUGUAACUCAAAUCUCUUGGAAACUAUACCUCCUGAAUUGGCUAGUAUGGAGUCACUAGAAUUGCUUUAUUUGCGGAGGAAUAAACUACGGUCUCUACCAGAAUUUCCUUCUUGUAAGCUAUUAAAGGAGCUUCAUGUGGGUGAAAACCAGAUUGAAACGUUAGGGGCGGAGCAUCUUAAACACCUGAACUCUAUCCUGGUGCUAGACUUGCGGGAUAACAAGUUAAAGUCUCUUCCCGAUGAAAUUGCCCUCCUGCAGUCUUUGGAAAGGCUGGACCUAAGCAACAAUGAUAUUAGUGGUCUGCCCUACACAUUGGGAAAUCUUCAUUUGAAAUUCUUGGCACUUGAAGGAAAUCCUCUGAGAACCAUUCGAAGAGAAAUUAUAAAUAAGGGAACCCAAGAAGUUCUGAAAUAUCUGCGGAGUAAGAUCAUAGAUGACGGGCCUUGCCAAAGUGACUCUGGCACAGACACAGCCAUGACACUGCCCAGUGAGUCCAGAGUCAAUGUCCAUGCUAUCGUCACAUUAAAAUUACUAGACUACAGUGAUAAACAAGCAACUUCGAUUCCUGAUGAGGUGUUUGAUGCAGUAAAAAGCAAUGUUAUUACUUCUGUGAACUUCAGUAAGAAUCAGCUUUGUGACAUUCCCAAGAGGAUUGUAGAACUGAAGGAAACCGUUUCUGAUGUCAAUGUCGGUUUUAAUAAGCUUUCCCUCAUACCUCCAGAGUUGUGUAUGCUUCAGAAACUGACUUUUCUAGAUCUCAGGAAUAAUAUUUUAAGUUCGUUGCCUGAAGAAAUGGACUCGCUGAUACGAUUACAAACAAUCAAUCUUUCUUUUAAUAGGUUCAAAAUACUACCCGACGUUCUGUAUCGCCUCCCUGCACUGGAAACAAUUUUGAUCAGUAAUAAUCAGGUGGGAUCUGUGGACCCGCAAAAGAUGAAGGCGAUGGAGAAUCUGAUGACGUUGGACCUUCAGAACAACGACCUCCUACAAAUCCCCCCCGAGCUUGGCAAUUGUGUGAGCUUAAGGACGUUGCUCCUGGACGGAAACCCGUUCCGCGUCCCCCGGGCAGCCGUGCUGGUGAAGGGAACCGCCGCAGUGCUGGAGUACCUGCGGGACCGGAUCCCGACCUAGGGGCAGCACCUGGGCCAGGCUCAGGCUGGGGUGGUCUGCCUCGUGGUCGUCCUUCGCCUGCAGACACUCGUCUAAGGUGGAUGUUUACGCUGUGAUGCUGCACAGACUGUCCGUGUGUCUGUUCGAAUCCUGCACACGAUCCACCUCCCCCCCCGCCCCGCCCCCUGCUCUCCAUCCCGCGUACACAGCGGUGCCCUCUGCAGCGAAUUGGUAACUCGUGUCAAUUCGCACUUUUACGAUGACAGCGCCUUUUUUGGGAAAUGUUUUUAACUCCACCUCCGUUUGUGUAUGUAGAAUGGGAUCAGUUCACUUGAAUAUGACCAUCCAGUUUUGCCUUUUCAUUACUUGUAAAUUUGACUUGAAAUGGACUCAGUACUGUACUCUGCUGCUCAGACAGUGAGACUCUGGGCUGGAGAGAUACGAGGGGUCAGGACUCGCCCCGCCCCUGGCCAAGCGGGCUCAGUCCCCAGCACCGCGUGUAGCUCCCUGAGGACGGAAUCCAGCGUCAGCCCUGGGAACAGGCAGAUCUCGCCCAGCAUCAGUUAAUUAAUUAAUAAAAUGAAAAGUAAGCCUUUGCUUUAACCACGAAAGGACUUUCUUCUUAUGGUUAGUCUCCAUGUUUAUUUUUAGUUGGCAUUCUCUGCCUUGUUCCUAAUUCAAUUUAGCUGAAACAUUUCUAGCCUUUCCAUUAUGUCAUAUGAAAUAAUUUUAUUAUACUUUCUGAUACCACAAAAAUGCCUCGCAGAACACAGUUGGUGAAAACAAUAAAGUCUUGACUGCUUA